GUAUCAAAUUUUGCUGCAAAUGAAGAACUCAUUGAAAAUGCUGCCUCUAAAAAAGCUCCAUGCUGUUUCCUUAAUCUCAUCGCUGGAGAUCGAAUUUGUGUUUUCGCCGAGAAAGACGGGUGGGCCAUAGGAUCCCGAGUCGGAUCAAGAGCUGAUGCAGGGCUCUUUCCUCUUGUAGCAGUCAAGUUUGUGAACCGGCACUCACAAACUGAUCCUACUGCAGAAGGUGCAAAUAUCGUAGAGGAGAUAAGUCAGGUCACGCAAAUAUGGUGGAGAAAAAUAAAAGUUGAUGCAAAUGAGAAAACCCCCAAAGCAUUCUGUGUAUUGUUACGGGUUCAGAGCAUAGAGUUGCAGAUGAAACAGAAUUGCGAAAUUAGCAUGGUGCUCUAUGACUUCGAAAGAAAACAACAUGCCAGCGAUACUUUCGCAUUUAUCUGGAAAAGUAAUGAAACGAAUUCACGCGAUCUCAACAUUAGCGGGCUGUUCGCGAAUUUCAAUCAGAGUGAUAUUGGUAGACGUUUGGUUUUAAUAACUCGAGUCGCCCGUAUAGCUCCUGUAGAACAUACGUCGUCCACUCUGAGAAGGAACCAGGAACCAGGCCCAACCAGUCUUUACUGCCGCCAAGUUUUCGCUUUUGAUUUCUUCGACAUGACGUCGGUGUUUACAAAUCCUCAACCAUCUCACGACGCCAAGGAUAAGGUCAUUUUCCUCAACAAAGACCAGAAUUUCGAUCAAUUGCUAAAAUCCCUUCAAACAACAGCUAAGGUUCCAAAACUGAGCGCAUCAUCAGAUGAUGGUAAGAUACUCAUUUCAACGCAAGUCUACACCAAUGGGUUGUCGGAGCUCAAACUGAGGAGGCCAUAUCUUUUCACUAGGAAUCCUCCUACAAUCAUUUCUCGUUGUGACUACGCGGGACCUGCGUCUGGAGAGGUACGUAACGACCUUUACGUUACGUUGAUACAAGGAGAAUUUACAAGCAAGUCUUCCGAGAGAAAUAUCGAGGCGCGUAUGCAUUUAGUUGAAGGAAAUGGGCGAAUCGUCCCAGAUUGCUUCGAGACAGUAUCUACUGGAUCAAUGAAAUUGUCUUCUGAAUAUCGAAGCUUUGUUUAUAUCCACGAGGAUAAACCAGUUUGGUUUGAAAAUGUCAAGAGUUUUGUCUUUUCAAAGCCAUAUUUGAUCAAAAGUGCAAAAAAUGAUUACUGGGCAUUGCUCCAGGAUGCGCUUUAA